AAACGUGUGGCAGACAAAGUCCCACCACGGUUUGGACCCAACACGCCAUUAACGCUGAAAACGAAGUUUCUCUGUAGAAACCCCCAGCAAUAAGUCAGGAGUCAGAACCAUCUGUACAAAACCUAAUCUUUCUUUCUUCCCCAUCUACAAUUAUUGAAGUUCAUCCAAAUCCAAAACAAGCUCUAUGGAUUCAUCACCAGCUUCUCACAAUAUCAAACCCACCAAGAACGACGACCACCACCACCACCAAUCACCGCCGUCUUCUUCUGAGCUGCUCUCAAGUGCCAAAUUAGUGGCUGAAGCAGCCAAAGCUUCAUUAAGCCACGAAACGGACAAAGUAGACAAGGGUAAGGUUGCUGGUGCUGCUGCUGAUCUUCUUGGAGCUGCUUCGCACUAUGCCAAAUUGGAGGAGAAGAGUUUCGGUAAGUACGUAGAAAAGGCUGAGACUUAUCUUCAUCAGUAUCACUCCUCCCAUUCGUCCACCACCACCACCACUUCCGGCCACUCUGCCACUACCACAACACAUUCAACCACACAUUCAACCGAUGGUGAUCACCAUUCUGGGGGUGGGUAUGGUGACUAUUUGAAGAUGGCUGAAGGCUUCUUGAAAAAACGUUGAUAAAUAUUACUAGUAAUACAGUAUCUUGUACCCUUGAAUUUUCUGUUAAUGUCUUUUCUUCUGUUCUACUAAUGUCUUUCUAUCUUGUACGAUCUGUUUAAUUGUAGUCAGGUUUGACUCAUAAGGAGCUAUCUAUCUCCAAGAUUAUAAGGUUAACUAUAGCCUAAUUAACUUUUUUUUUGUUUUGGCUUGGUACCUAAUUUUAAUUGAGAUUCAAGAUUCCAGAAUGACUAAUA